CUGUAUUUUAAAAGUAAUAUGUUUUGUUUUAUGGUUCAAUUAAUCGUAUUGUUCGUAGAUAUGGUUAAAAUUACGUAAAAACACACCUCUGUUAAAAAUAUUUCGUUGUUAGUAACUUUUAGUACGUUUUUCAAUUCGGCCUUCUUUUGUCUCCAUUUUGAGUAGUAAUGUUCUUUUGGUGAGCCAGGAUCCUGUCCUACGUUUUUUUAUUAUUAUUAAAAUAAUAGUAAGCCAUUGUCAAGAGAAACAAAGAUGUCAUCAAGUGACUGCUUUAGAGACUCGCUACCGCAAAGUUCUGGGAGCAAGGGUGCAGGAGAUGCUGAAGAAGAAAGCGUCGGCAUUGACACCUUCUACGAUGGAUUCUUUGAGGACAGCUCAGCAGCCUCAGGAAAUGAAGCUGUUGAUUUAGAAGCAGAGUUUUCCUCUAAUGACAGCAAUUCUGAUUUGGAUACAAAAACGAAUGAACAUCUUUCAAACCCACAAAAUUCAGGAGACUUUAAGAAAAAAUCAUUCAAAGAUGAUGAGGACAAUCAUAAAAAGUUGACUUCACGCAUAAAAGAGUAUAUGAGGAAAAUGAGAUCCCAGUUAGCAGAUGGAGCACACGGUGGAAAUACAUCGGUAGGAGACAAUCCGAUGAAUCUUAGAGAUAAAGAAUCAAUAUUAAAGAAAUACAAUUAUAAAAAUAGUCUGAAGCAGGUGGAAAACCUGAGUUUUCUGGAUAUGCACGAUUCGUCAGACAGUUCAUUAGAAUGUAGAUACAGAUCGGAUUUUGAUGCGCGUACGAACAGAUUUGAAAAACUGAGGAGUAUUUCAUCGACAAAAUCAAUGCCACCAAAAAGAAACAAAUUAGAAAAUUCUAAUAUACCAAAGGAGCAAUACUUCCCUGAAUAUGCUGACUUGGAGGAGAAAUUAAUCGAGUUGAAAAAUGCUGGAAUACUCGACUCGCCCGAUCAAAACAACGAACAACUACUUAGAGUUAAAAAGAAAGUCGCGGAGUGGAUGAAAGGCGAGAAUGCGAAGACUGAAUCGUUCAAAGAGAAAAUCAGAACAAACAGAAAAUCCUCCCUACGCCAUAACACGAACGCAGUGGACGAGGUGGACAAAGAACCCACCAAACUGUCUAAAGCUGAAAAAUUACUGUCUGACACAGUGAAUUCACUUUCGCCCUUAAAAUACAGAGAUUCUUUAAACAAGAAGAGAGAAGGUAUACUGCAAUUACUCCGUGACGAUACAUGCUCGAUGCAUUCAAAGCCAAAAGUUCAAGCUUUAAAUAAACUGGUGCUCACUGACAAUAAGUCGGCAAAGAAACAUGGAUUUUCCUCGAAACUUCUCCAAAAUAUUAGUGGAUUGAAACAAAAGGUAGAUUCUGAAAUGCCCAAGUUGACACCAAAGAAGUCAAUCUUAAAAAAACCAACUAAAAGUACAGCCCACUGAGCCUCGAGAACUUUAAAGAAAUCCUGAAAAAUGGCUAUAAAAAUAUUUAUAAAUAAAUAAACUGUCCCUUAAUGAU